AUGACAAAAAAACAUAAUCCAUUAUUUAUAUCAUCAAAACAAAUAGCAAAUCAAAUUAUAGAUAGAUAUGAUAAUUUUUUAUUAGAUUGUGAUGGAGUUAUAUGGUUAGAUGAAAAGUUAAUACCAGGAGUUAUACAAUUUUUACAAUAUUUAACAAAACAUGGUAAAAAUUAUACGUUUGUAACUAAUAAUUCAUCAAGUUCAAGACAAGAUUAUAUAAGUAAAUUUGAAAGAUUAGGUUUACCAAAUAUUAGUAAAGAAUCUAUUUAUCCUACUAGUUACUCUGCAGCUUUAGAGUUAAAAAAAUUAAAUAUACCUGAAGGAUCCAAAAUAUGGUGUUUAUCAGAUAAUGGAAUAAAACAAGAAAUGGAAGAACUUGGGUAUAUUCCAUUAGGUGUGAAUGAUCCAAAACUUAAUAAGAAAAAUUUGGAUUCAAGUAUAUUAAGAGUUGAUCCUGAUGUUAAAGCAGUAGUUGUCGGUAGUACUGAACAAAGUUAUAUGAGAGUAUCAGCAACUUUACAAUACUUAUUAUAUAAUAAUAAAACUUUACCAUUUAUAACAAGUAAUAUUGAUAGACUUUAUCCAGGGCCUGACGGAAUACCACUACCUGCAGAAAGCUCAGUAUAUCAUUAUGUUGCUUGGUUAUCUCAAAGAACGGAUUAUAUAAAUGUUGGUAAACCAAGUGGAGAAUUCCUUGAUUUAAUUUUAGAAGAUAAUCAUUACGAUAGAAAUAAAACUAUAAUGAUCGGUGAUACUUUAUAUACUGAUAUUAAAUUUGGUAAUGAUGGAAACUUGGGGAAUGGACAAUCUUCCUUAUUGGUUUUAUCUGGUGGAACUACUUUAAAUGAUUUAAAAGAUGUUGUUGAACAUUCAAAAGAUGAAAGUUUGAUACCACUGUUUUAUAUACAAUCAUUGGGUCAAUUAGUUGAUUUGCUUGAAUAA